UAUAUAUAUAUAUAUAUAUAUAUAUACACACACACACACACACACACACACACACACACACAUACAUGCAUACACGCGCGCGCGCGCACACACACACACCUACACACGCACAGACGCACACGCUGUUUUAGUGUCCGGUUCGUCGGUCAACGUGCGUUAUGAAGCGCGCGCCUGGAUAACAACCGGUGUUUUUUUUUUUUUUUCUUUUUCUUUUUUUUUUGUGAAAGUGUCAUUUCAGGCUUGUUUUUUCUUCUUCCCCGGGUUGAACUGGAUUUUACUUAUAAUGGUUUUGGAUAUGCACAAACGGGAUGAAGAGAAGUCCUUUCCUGCCCGCCGAAGUAAGAUAAAAUAGGGUUUCAUUCACAGCGGACUUAAUCCUCUCGUUCCCUAUGAAGAAGUCAAAAAUUUGGAUACGUACCUGUGUCCAUUUGUUGCUUUACAUCACAGUUGCUGCCUAUUCGAGUGAAAUCGGAAAUCCCAUAACAGAUGACAUCAAGAAAAUUUCAUUACUGAAACAGAAUAUUCCGAAAGAUUACAAGAUCACUGUACAAUAUUUGCCUAAAGAAGUGAGUGGUAUGUGCUGGGUGAAGCUCAACGUAUUCCACUUGGAGGAGAGCUUAAAAGACCUGUCCCAGAAGUUUGGGAAUAUUUCCUCCAAUAAAGAUUACAUAGAAACAUUUGUCCAAAUGUUGAAAGAGAUGCGAUAUAUCAUUGGGCAUGACUUGGAGAAUUCCAUGCUGGAGUUUCAGUGCCACUACAGAGAGGAGAAAUGGCUCACGCCACGCUAUUUCAAAUUUGUAGAAGACUUUUUCAACACAGCCAAUUCUUCGAGAGAAGUAGAAGACUGCGAACCUCCACCAUGCCCAACGACGAUUAAAACGAAAGUAACGACAACUACAGCAACAGCGGCGCCGACACAGCAACAUUCGCAAGGCGGUAGCUCAUCUAUUGAGAACACAAACCAAAGCGAAGGCUUCAUGAAGCCGAUGACCUUUCCACCAAUUGUGAAGAGGAGUCUCUUUUCGCUCCUUUUCAUUCCCGCCGUCGUUGCAGUGUUGCUGCUCGUCUGGAAGGUGAAAUCUAUGAGAAACAUCCCAUCGGCGCAGAGUAGUACAGAAGCCCCGCCGCUGUUUAUCGGAGCCGAGCCCAGCGCACCACCCUUAGAUGAUGAAAUAUCUGAAAACAAACGAUUAAACAUCUGCACAGUGUAACUCAAUCUGAUUGUCUUCAUCACCACCGAUUGUACAGCAGACGAAAAGGCAGCAACUCGAGAUCCACAUAUGCAACUUCCUAUUCUCUCAGCUAUGAGGGACAAGUACUGAUCUCCAACGAAGAACUGAAGAGUUAUGAUGAUGUUUCUUAGAACAAUGGUCAGACCUUUUCUGUGGUAGGAGGGUGGAGGAGGAGGGAGGGUGUUUGUGGUCAUUGUUCCUUUGGAGGAUUGAUGCCUUAUCGAUGGCUUGACUGUGAUCCAUGCAUGGAGAUCGUACAGGAGGAAAGUGGUGCAAAUAAACCCCCAAUCAGAUCCACCUGAAGAGCGUUAGUUCUGGUUUUGAUGUGAACAGAACGAGCCGGAACGAACGCAAAGAAGAAGAACGGAAGGCAGAACCGACUACAUCUCGUCCUCUUCCCUCCUGUUUCUUGUUUUGUAGAGUCCUCUCGCUCUUUGUGUCUGAGCUUUGGGCAUCCUACUUGUUCUAAUCCAUAACAGCAAAAAAAUUAUUCUUGUUGUAUCAUCUGAAUUGUGUAUCGUUGUAUUAAUGUCGCUUAACUGGUGGUAUGGACUUAAUUUAUUUAUUUGUUUCUCAGAAUGUUAUAAAAGUGAAAGAUUUUUAUUUUUUAAUUUUUUUGCUGCUCCUUCAUGAGUAGUGAAUGAGAUGAUCGUAGAAGUGCUACGCUUGAAUCCCGUGCUACUUAAACUGCAGUUGUCACACUAAUGCUAGGCCUCGGGCCAUUUGAUUAUUAUCUAAUCUUUCUUACUUUUAAAACCUGUUCACUCCGUUUACAGAAUUCAUUACAGAUGCAUCAGCUAGCCUUACAAGAAUCACAUUGUUGUGAAUCAUGAGUUCAACCCAAGAUUCACUUCAUCUUUCAAUUCAGUUUCACACGCUACUGCGAUAUUUUAAAUAUCACAGAUAAACUUUAAUGGCUGCCAGUCUUACAGGACAAUCAACAUAUUGAUCAACAUAUUCUGUUUCCUAAUAGUUUAUAAUUUAUGUUAUUACAUUUUAAUAAAGGUUAUUAAUAGAUGAUCCAGUUCUCAAAAAAAACAAGGCACGUGUAUAUUUCUGCGCCACAAAAACUAAAUGCAGAAGUAAUUUACAUUUUUAUACUAUAGUUCAAUAUCACAUGCAGCUGUAGCUUUUCGCUCAGAGCAUUUCACAAAAGGCCAUGUAUGUGAUAUCUUACAUUAGGAUUUAACUUUUUUAAUCCUGUGCCUUUUGUUAAAGCAAGUCCCAAUUACACUGAUCGUGGAGAGUGUGUGCGUACGUGCGCAUGAGCGUGCGAUAGCAGAGCAUUCAUUAAAACACUGUGUAACACUUAACAUCAAGGUUCCCUUAACUAAUACUAGUCAAAUCAAAUCAGUGAGUCAAAUCAUUUGGUUCACCAAGGACCACGAGUCGAAUCUUUCGAGUCCCAGACAACCAUUUUGUUCUAAUCCAGACUAUAUAUAUAUAUAUAUAUUUUCCAUCUAUAAGACUAAUAGUAGGUAUAACGUGAAUUAUACAAUGUUUGUUAAGUGCACAUUGAGUUUUACUUGUGGGUGGAGUAAGGAAUGAGUAAGGGCUAGGGCUGCAACUAACGAUUAUUUUUAUAGUCACUUAUUUCUUUGAUUAAUUGAUUAGUUGGAUUAAAAGGCCAUUUUUUA